AUGCAAUGUUCAGGAAUACAUAGGAGCCUUGGAGUACACAUCUCAAAGGUUCGGUCUACAACUUUGGACACAUGGCUUCCCGAGCAGGUUUCGUUUAUGCAGAUGAUGGGAAAUGAGAAAUCUAACGAGUACUGGGAAGCUGAACUGCCUCCAGAUUUCGACCGGAAUCCUAUCGAAAAUUUUAUACGAGCCAAGUAUGCUGAAAAACGAUGGGCUUCUAGAACAUCCCCGGAGCCCGGAGUUGUGGUUAACCAAGAAAAGAAAACAGCAGGAUUAACUUCUAGAAGGGACAUCCCAAAGAAAGCAAGAAAGUACUCUCUCGACGAAGAAUUUUUCGCCAACGAAAUGCCUCAACCCAUUCCCAUAACACGAAAUCGUGGGAGUUCUCUUGAUUUGAUGACUGACAUAAUCCCUGGCCCACCAAACGCUGGCAAUAAUGGCGAGGCCACAAGCACGUCUCGUAAAAGUGUGGAUACGGCCACAGACCUAUUCAGUCUGCUUUACGUAUCGGAAGCUAAGCAAGAUCGAACGGUCGUGCCUCCAUCACGAUGGGCUACUUUCGAGUGUAAGGAUUACAUUAACGACAAAAUAAAAAAUGGUCGAUAA